UUCCCUUCCUUCACCUGAUGCUCGUUUCCCGAAGCGAGCCCGAAUUAUGGCGUCUUCUGCGCCGACGCCGCAUGCGACCGGCUUUCCAGCUGAGGGUCGAUGCGGUUACUAUGUGGAAAAGAAGAAGAGGUUCUGCAGGAUGGUGGUGGCAGCAGGAAAAAGGUUCUGUGGUGAACACGCUGGAGCCGCGGAGGAAGAAAAUACUCGGAAAAGAAUCCUGUGUCCUUUAGAUCCGAAACACACAGUAUAUGAAGAUCAACUAGCAAAGCAUUUGAAAAAAUGUAACUCAAGAGAGAAACCAAAACCUGACUUCUUUAUUCAAGAUAUUAAUGCAGGCUUAACAGAUGAAACAGAAGUACCUGAACAAUUAGUUCCAAUUUCUUCUCUCUCUGAAGAGCAGUUGGAAAAUUUAAUCAAGAAAUUGAGAAAAGCAAGCGAAGGUCUGAGCUCUACACUUAAAGAUCAAAUUAUGUCCCAUCCAGCAUUGCACGACGCCCUUAAUGACCCUAAAAAUGGUGAUUCUGCAACCAAACACCUGAAACAGCAGGCUUCUAUUUUAGGUAACAUUGAAAAAUUAAAGUUACUUGGUCCAAGAAGAUGCUUUGUUGAGUUUGGAGCAGGAAAGGGAAAAUUAUCUCAUUGGGUUGAUAUUGCCUUAAAAGAUGCUGAAAAAGUUCACUUCAUCCUAGUAGAAAAGGUGACCACAAGAUUCAAGGUAGAUGGCAAACACAGAAAGAAAAAUUCAGUGUUUGAAAGACUUCAAAUUGAUAUUCAGCACCUGUGUUUGAACAAGAUUCCUGUACUAAGCAAAGAAAAACUGCCUGUGGUAGGAAUUGGAAAGCAUCUGUGUGGUGUGGCGACAGAUCUUGCAUUACGAUGUUUGGUUGAAACCUAUGCUGCCAGUUGUGAGGAAAGGAAUGAAGAACCUUUAGCCAAACGCAUAAAGAAUGAUAAAACAGAAAAAGAAAUUAACACUUUGGCCAAAGAAGGAAAUGAAAAAAGUGUCCCAGAGAAGUGGACCCCUGUGGCUGGCAUUGUUAUUGCACUCUGUUGUCACCACAGGUGUGAUUGGAGACAUUAUGUGGGCAAAGAAUAUUUUAAGGCUUUAGGCCUUGGAGCUGUGGAAUUCCACUAUUUCCAGCGAAUGAGUAGUUGGGCGACUUGUGGUAUGCGGAAAACAUCUUUGGACGCCUCAAAUAUUACCACAAAGAGAAAAGAUCAUCAGAAUGAUGAUGGCGAAGAGCAUGAUGAUGGGGGAUACAGAAUUACAGAUGACAGCGUUGAGAGUCUGCCUGGGUUUCUGACUGUUGAAGAAAAGAAGAAAAUAGGGCAUCUUUGUAAAUUGCUGAUUGACCAAGGCCGAAUUGAGUAUUUACAGCAGAAGAGAUUCAGUCCUGCUCUGCAGUACUAUACAGAUCCUCUGGUGUCUUUAGAAAAUGUCUUGUUAACUGCUUUACCAAAUCAUUCUUCAUCACCAGAAACAACUACUUAAUGGAAAAGAAAUUUUGAACAUCAUCUGUCUUCCACCAAAAAAAUAAUUUUUAAAUUGUAUUUUUAUAUUCAUGAAAAUAGAAUUUAAUAGCAGAUAAUAUGAACUUUAAAAAAUGUUGGGGCUUCAUUGAACUUUGGUAAUAGCUUUGUUUUUUACUUGAGAAGUCCAAACAUUAGAGAAUUCACCAAAUUCCAAAGUAAUCUUCAGCAGGGCAUCUGGAGUUAUAUUAUCCAUCAGUGUUUAUAGAGAUUGGCGAAGUAGUGGAACAGUUGACUUGAUUAUCUGAAACACACAUAACAUGUCACCAUAUAACUAGCACAUUAACUUUCUACUUGCAUUAAUUUUAGAAAUUUAUUUUCCUUUGGCUUUACUUAAUACUUUUUAUUUCUCAAGUUCAAGAUGUAAUGAUCAAUUAUCAGUUUCUAACAAGGGCUAAUUUGAGAAUUUGGCUUAUGUGUGGAUUUUUUUUCCAUGCAGAUCUGGAAAGGAUAAUCGAUUACGAUUUUUUUCAUGCAAAUGCAGAGAUGUUCACAAUUAAUGAAUUCACCUUCAGAUUUUCAGAAUCAUACCUGUAUCUAUAUAUUAUCAGAAUUUUCCAUGACAGACACCAAAACUAAAGAGAUGUUUUCCAGGAAAAGAAAACUAUUUCAUUUUAGCAGAUAAUUAUCUAGUUAAAACUUCCAAAAAGAUGCUUAAAAGCCUAAUUCACAAAUUAAAUUAAAAUGUACAAAUAACUUUUGAAGUUAAUUAGGUAUCUCAUAUCUUUUAACAGAACAUUUUUACAUGUGUAAGUACGAAUAUAAAUAUAUUCUCUCCUUUCUGGGAAAAUAAUUUGGAAUAAAGUGGAAACUAGAUAGUGAAACCAAAAUCCUUCUUACAUUUAUGCCUCAUUUAACUCAUUUCUAUGCACAAGCAAAUGUUAAACCAAACAUGGCAGUAGGACUGUUAUUCUUUUCCACAUCUUAUCCUUGAUUUAUUCUGCUUUUAUAAAAAUUGUGUUAACCUCACUGGUACAUUUGCCAAAAUAAUAUCUUGUAGAUCAAUGACUAUAUGAAUUAUGAAUUAGAAGCCUAGCCUAUUUUUAAUUACUGACCUUUCUAUUUUAGUUUAAUCUCAUAAGUUUUGUGAGACCGCCUAGGUUCAAAUCCCAACUCUGCCACCUCUCAGCUGUAUGACCUUGGGCAUACUUAAUCUUUCUUUGUGCCUCAAUUUCCUCAUCUUAAAAUGAGGACGAUGAUAAUAAUAAUACCUCACAAGGUUGUUGUAAACAUUAAAGAGAUAACAAAUGUAAAAGUCUUAGAACAGUUCCUAGCACAGAGUGAGUCCUCAAUAAAUGCCAACUAUUAUUAAUAGUACUAAUUCAUGAAUCUGUUUUUAAUAAACAAUAAGCAGACUUGGUUUUAUUAUCUCUGUUUAAGUUGUAACCUUUUUACUCUUGUUAUGUUUUAUGUCAAAUAUUAUUCAAGUAAGGUAGUUUGAUUAUAUUUUAAGUUAGUUACAUCCCCCAAUCAAGAAAACAUAAAUGAAGAUAAUACAUUAUUCAGUGAUUAACAUGAUUUACUGGGUCAGACAAUGCCAAUUUGCAUUAUACAGUCUGUUUUGUAUUAUUCAAUAAUUUGUGCCCAGAAAUAAAAGAUAUUCUACAUUAUAAAAAAUAA